AUGCAGCUCUCCGCCCUCCUCCUCCUCGCCCCUGCCCUCGUGGCCGCAACUCUCGACCCGGCCACCUCCAACACCAAGGGCAAGUGUCCCUCAAGCUACAACUGCAGCGCCACAAAGGUCUCAAAGGCCAUCCAGGCCGCCGAGUGCUCCCACAACACCCGUACCAGCAAGACCCAGACGUUUGCCGUCUUCGAGACCGACCACCAGUACGACGGCAACUUCCCUCUCGCCUAA